AUGGCGUCCCCGUCUCCUCAGCCGGAUUUCGAGCGCAAUAGGCUUCCUACUUUGUUCGAGGUCUUGAGUGGUCGAACACUCCCACCCGUUGACCUAUUCUCUUUUUACAUUUAUAUGCGAGACCAGCAGCGAUCGGUGGACUACUUGGAUUUCUGGCUCGAUGUCGCUCAACACAUGUCAUUAUGCCGCCACUAUGUGCGCGAACUCCGACGGUCCGUUCUAAUCAGCACGCCUGAACCCGGCUCCAAACGUUCGUCCGCGGUCCUAGAGUCACUUGGCGAGCUGAGCCAUCCUGUUGCGGGUCCUUCGAUGUAUGCAACGGAGAAGGAGCGGUCGCAGGAUGCGCAAAUGUCUGCCUUUCUUCGCGAAGACCAACUUGCCCAGGAAUCUCCUCAUAGCAGCAACAAUCGAAAUAGCCCUCGGACGACGGAUGCACCGUGGGACCCUACUUCGGAUUCAAACUCGCCCGCAAACGCAGUCAUGCGGCAGGAUAUCCGUGCCUCCGCAGAAAAGAUUCUCUACACGUUUCUCCUCCCUGGUGCUGAACGCGAGAUCACACUUCCUGAAUCCAUCACUCGUGAUAUUACUCUCGCAAUUGAAGAGCAAGGCCGAGAUGAUCCCGAGGUGUUUGACGUAGCUAAGGACUAUGUCUUCCAGGCCAUGGAGCGGGAUGCAUUUCCCGGUUUUCUAAGGAUGAAGGCCCUCGGUAAUCUCAUUCCGCCCACGCUUAUUCUCCGCCUUAUUAUCGGCCUCGUUGCCAUGUUUGGCGCAUUCUGGACUGGCUUCAUCCUGAUUUUCCUCGACAGAUCUCGAGAGACUAAACUUUGGCUUAUCAUUCCGUUCACGCUUGGAGUCUACUCGUUGGCCUCUUAUCAGUACUCUGUUGAUCCUAUCCUGGCACUAAUCGGCUUCAGCGAGUACACACCCUUCAACUUUUCGAGGAUUAGGGAGCCGUAUGUCCGCAAGCUGCUCGCGAAACGCGCCUCCAUGGUCCUAGCGGUAACUGUUCUGAUCGAUGCCGCCCUUUGCGUCUUGUUCAUCCUCGUCCCGGGAAAACGACUUUAG